AAAAAAGAGUGUGUGUGUGUGACUACUGGAUUCUGGAAACAUCCAGAGAAAAAGGGAGAAAUCUAUUAACUUCCUUCUUCUUCUUCAUAAACACCAAAUUUGAUAAAUAAAAACUACAAUUCUAAUUAAUUUCCCCUCCCUCAAUCGAAAAUUUAUUCUUCUCCGUUUGAACUUCAAAAAUCAAGAAAUUAUUUGUAAAUGGCAGCUGCGGCAUUUAACAACUCGGGUUUUCCGAUGACUAGUAGAAUGAAGAGAAAAGAAUUAACAGACGAUGAUUUCUGCGAUUUCUCUCUGUCUUCUCCUGCUCGCAAGAUUCGCCGACUGGAUAUGGUGGAUUUACCUCCGAUAAUAGAAGAAGUAGAAGAGGCUGCUGCUGCUACAACCAGCGGCGGCUCUGGCUCCGGUGGCUCAGGGUGGAAUAGUGAUGAAGAGAGAGCAUUAGUAGUGUAUAAGCCUGCUGUUAAUACCCAACAAAUGUUGCUCCAUCGCUCUCCUGCUUCUAAUUAUUAUAUUGGCUCUGAUUUCAUAUCUGGAUUUAAGAAUCAUUUUAUGAGGCCGAGUGGCAGCAGUGUUACGAUAAAAUCACUCGAGGAGGAGGAAGAAGAAGAAUCAACAAGUAAUGCAAGAAGCAACAUGGCGGUUGUUCCAUGGGUUCCUUCUAAGGUUAAUGUUGCGGAUGCCGCUGAAGCAGAUGCGAUGGAGUCCGAAGAGGACGGAGUAGCAACAAUGGACAUUGAAGAGAACCAAGGUGGAGAGGGAUAUGAUUUCGGCAAAGGAUUCCCACAAUGGCAGCAACAACAUUGCUUCGUACCAAAUCUGCCUUACAACACUUCCACUCCUAUUUCAUGGUUCCAAUGAUGUAUAUUGAUGAUAAGUAGUCGUAGUUCAGUAGAUAGUUGUGAGAAGCAAUGUGCAUUUUCUUGUUUGGUUUUUAUGGGGUUUUUCUUCAGAGCUUGUGCUGUUUGCUCUUGGAUUCCUCCGUCCAUGUUGUUGUGGAUAUUGUAAGGCAUCUUAUAAUUCAAGUCGCUUUAGUUUUUUGCACUCUGUAUUCGGGAAUUUUCAUCCCAAUAGUGAUACUCUUUAUAAUAGAGAGUAUUUUUUUGCAAGAAUAUAAUUUUUAGUUUUAGUCUAA